CAAAAUGGUUCACAAUUGAAUCUGAUGAUUUUGAUGUUUUUCAAGAUAAACUAAUUAAGCAUAUUCAAGAACGCAUUAAUAAUAAUGAUUUCAAUAAAAAUAACAUUCAAGUCUCUUAUAAAAUUAAUG